GUUUUUGGGGGUGUGCCUAAAUUGAAGUGGCAUGUAAAUUUUUUAGGCAUGUACAGUUUUACUCAAUUAUCCCAAUACUGUGAUCCUUGAUAAGAUAAAAGGAUUGCCCAUCUACAAUGGUAUACUCUGGGAUCAUAGAGAGACACCACAUCAUCCCAUUGAUGAGAAUGGCAAGAUGCUCUAUCAAGAGAUUAUUUAUUCUUCUUAUUGUGAUUGUGGUACUGUUAUUCAUUACAUGCUUCUCUAUGCUGGGCCAAUCGCCGAGUGGUCGUGCUGGAGUGUCUGAUAAGGCACCUCUGAGGGCGCCUAAAAUUAUUUCGAACCCUCAAGGACAGAAACCGAUAUUCCGUUAUAAGCUUGAACGGGAACUGGAGAAACUGAUGGGGCAAAGACUAACACCUAAUAAUGAUGCAGAAAGAGCAGAGGAGAAGAGAGGUUAUGCAUUAAACGGAUUCAACCAGUUUCGCAGCGACAGGUUACCAUUAGACAGGGAGGUUCCUGACACUAGAGAACCAAAAUGUCUUUCAAAGCACUAUCCAUCUCAGCUUCCCUCAACUUCUGUCAUAAUAAUAUUCCACAAUGAAGCAUAUUCAGCUCUCCUCCGGACUGUCACUAGCGUCCUAAACAGGUCCCCUCCUCAUCUUCUCCACGAGAUUGUACUGGUCGAUGAUAAAAGUGAUCAUACUGACUUAGGCGUAAAACUGGACAAUUUCACUAAACUGGAGCCAAAAAUAAAAAUUCACCGUCACUCAAAGAGGGAGGGUCUGAUCAGGGCCCGUAUGACGGGGGCAAAAGCUGCCAGUGGGGAGGUCCUCCUUUUCCUCGACUCUCACUGUGAGGUUAAUCUGGGUUGGCUAGAGCCGCUUCUAGAGAGAAUAGCUAUAAACAGGUCAAACGUUGUCUGUCCUGUCAUUGACGUCAUUUCACUCGACAAACUCAUGUAUUCCACUAUCCGUGGGCCGCCCGGCGUUAGGGGAGGCUUUAAUUGGAAUCUUCAGUUCAAAUGGAAGAAGAUUCCAGAGUACGAGCAAAAGAGGCGUGGUCACGACGAGACGAGAGAGGUCUAUUCGCCGACAAUGGCUGGGGGUUUGUUUGCUAUCGAUCGGAGCUAUUUCUUUGAGAUUGGAGCGUAUGACAUGGGAAUGGACAUAUGGGGCGGAGAAAAUCUGGAAAUAUCAUUUCGGAUAUGGAUGUGUGGUGGAAAGCUAGAGCUCAUUCCUUGCUCGAGAGUCGGUCACAUAUUCAGAAAGUCCCAGCCCUAUUCUUUCCCAGGGGGAGUGGACACGAUCCUCAUUCGUAACAACAUGCGUCUAGCAGAAGUCUGGAUGGACGAGUAUAAGGAACACUAUUAUGCAAAGAGACCUAGCAUCCGCUCGAGGAGUUAUGGGGACAUCAGUGAGAGACUUGAGCUGAGAAAAAAGUUACACUGCAAGUCGUUUCGCUGGUACAUGGAGAAUGUUUAUUCAGAGAUGCCGUUGCCGCUAGAGAAUUUACGCUAUGGAGGCUAUGUGAGUAGUUGGAGGGGAUUAAUUAAGUGUGUGGGUGUACUGCUGUAGUGCCUG